UGAUACCUCACAUCCUGAUAGGCUACAACCCUCAAGCUGAGGAGAACAAGAUUUGCUGACACAUAAACCCCCUUCACCAACGUCCUGAUUUAUCUCUACUCUUCUCUACUAAUACGACGAACGCGAUUCAACUUCUCUGGGACCUGCUUUUCUUGAGUAACUGGCUGUCGAUCAAGUCACUUCUUCACGCUCAACCCCGCAAACGCGGGGCAAUUCUUCCUCUUUGCCAUGUGUGGGGCAUCUCUGAACAUGUGCAGCAACGGCUUUCAAUUUUGUGAUCUUACUCUGUCUCUCUCCUCCCCCGAGAGUCUCUUUCUCGGUCACUAUCCUUUUUGUCGUUUGCCGGUUUUUUUCGUUACGGGAGCUGCCACACCUCAUCAACAAGCCAUCCUCCCAGAAAUCUAUCCCAAGAAAAGUUUGGCCUCUUAAGAGCCUUCACAAAACCCUCCCUAGCCAUCAUGAACGGGUCCUGCCAAUGCGGUUCCGUGAAAUUCACCACCCCAACCAAGAUUCCCAUCAACCUCUACCACUGCCACUGCAUCGACUGCCGCAAACAGUCUGCUAGCGCUUUCGGCACCUCGGCUAUCUUCCCAUUCUUCAAGCUACCUGAGGAUAGUCCCGCCGUUUCUCACUUCUCGAGAUGUGGCAGCCGCAUCUUACACGCCCACGUCUUCGAUAACGAGGACCCAAAAGUAGUCGCGGUGAAAGGGGGGGUCCUGGAAGGAUUGAAUUGGGAGGGUGCGAAACAUAUCUUUUGCAGAACAGCAGUUGUGCCUAUUCCGGAGGGCGUGGAGAGGUGGGAAGCAGAGCCGGAUUUUGGGAAGGCAAAAUAG